GUGGCGUCGGUCGGCUUUGGCUGCGGUUGUUUCCUCGGAGUCCGGUUUCAAGAAAUAGUUGAUGAUUCUCAAGAAUAAAUAGUGCUGUGUGAGUUUAUCCUGGGGGACCACAGAGAACCUGCUGACUCAAGACAAGGCAAACGAAAAUUAACUGGGCGGUGGAGCCAGAAACCUUGGAAUUACAGAGACAGUUUAAUGUUGCUAUUUUACUAGAUUGUUCCAGAAAUUGUUGACCGAUGUCGAAUCGUGUGUACAUGGACCCAAAAGGUGCUUAUGAUGAAUAUCAGUAUCCAGUUGUGUUUUUGCCACCAUAUGAGAAUCCUCCUCCCUGGAUUCCACUGCAUGAGAGGUUACAUCACUCCGACUACAACAAUGAGCUGACCCAGUUUUUGCCUCGAACCAUCCAGCUGAAGAAACCCUCUGGGGCUCAGCUUGGAUUCAACAUCCGAGGAGGCAAGGCCUCACAGCUUGGCAUCUUCAUAUCGAAGGUGAUUCCUGAUUCUGAUGCAGAUCAUGCAGGGUUGCAAGAGGGAGAUCAGGUGCUUGCUGUGAACGACAUUGAUUUUCAGGACAUAGAACAUAGUAAGGCUGUUGAGAUCCUGAAAUCUGCCAAAGAGAUCAUAAUGAGGGUUCGCUACUUUCCAUACAACUUUCGAAGGCAGAAGGAAAGGACUGUGCAUUAGGAGGUGGUUCCACUGAUGACCAUGUAAUAAGAUCACUACACCUUAAAAAUGAGCUGGAAACCUAUUUCACAUCUUAACUGAUUACAGUUGAGUCGGUAUGGGAUUAUAAAAUGAGGUAUUUAUUGAAAUGCAAAUUGAGUUUUAUAUACAUUUUCUAUUUUGUCUGUUGUAAAAUAGACUUAACACUUAGAGACUCCAGUAGUUUUGUGAAGUGAAAAUAUGCCUGGUUCUGUAAAAAGGAAUCUCUAACCCUACCAAUAAGUAGCCAUAAGAGUAAAAUGUUUAUACAACUUACACUGGAUCAAUUUUUAAAUAAUGGUUACUGUAUUUAGCCUGUUUUCUAUAACGAAUAAUAUCAACAAAUGGUAGAAUUAGGUGGUAUCUGGAAUGUUGACGAUUCCUAUCAACAUAGUCACCUCCUGCUGCCCAUUCCAUUUAGCUCCAACAGUUGCUUUUGAAAUAAAACAACUUUCUUGUAUCAGAGAGAUUGUGUUUGCAUCAAAACUACCUGAUGUCAAAUGAUAAUCAGGUAUUGAAGGAAACAUCCCCAUUUCUGCAAUGAACUUGAUUUGAUGGUUCCAGCUGUGGCAUGUAGCAGAAUGAAAGAAAACCUGCAUUUUAUCAUUGCAUCAACAAAUCAGAAAAGACUGCCUGUGUCAAAAAUAAAAUGGUGUAUAUACAGAUGAUUACAGAACUUAGUUUAAGAAUACCCAGAGAAUUUAGUGGCUUCUCCCAUCGUGCCUUCAGAAAUAUCACCCCUGAAACAGGAGACCCUACCCUGCAAAAAUUCCUGGGACUUAUUUUACCAAACCAAGGUACUGUAUAAAUGUAAAUACCGAGGUUACAAACUGAUGUUCAAAUGUCUGAGGGUCUACCCAAACCAGUGAUGGUGCAAGUCGGGAGUACAGUACUCCAAUCAGCCCAAAUGAAGUGAAAGUGUGAUGCAAAGAUCCUGUUAACUUUUCCCUAUUACUCAAAUAUAGUUCUGGAAAAACAUUUUUCAAAUUCCAGAAUUUUAACACAAACUUGAGUUAAGACACACACACACAAUUGUUCAAUAACUAUAUUUUACUUGUAAAAGUUACAGAGUAUAGAGAGGGGAAUGUAGUAUUGAAGCAGAAUCUAAAAUUAAUUGAGGAAACUAAUUGUUUGAUGAGAUAAUCUAUGUAAACAAUUUCUGAUUAUGAUUUACAAUCAAUCACUUGAUUUAAGUAUAAAUUUGACAAUGCUCUAAGAGAUUUUGGUAUCAAAAAACUAAUACCAAGUUCAAGAUUAAUCCAUGGUCAAUUCAUUCAAUUCCCUCCUCACAGUCUUAUUUCCUAAAGGCACUUAAAUAUUUUCACAAUUGCUUUUAAUUUCAGGUAAACUAUACGAUUAAAGUAGCAAGGGGAAGAAAAAUAUCUCUGCACAGGAAUGAUUAACUAUCCAUAAGUCAUCUCAUUAAUGACCCUUGUAAUAACAAUUUGCAGUGUUAUCCUGCUGAACUGGAAAAGACCCAACAUUCAACUUCCUCUUUAUUGGUCAUUUCACUCCCUGAACUUGAAGAACCAACACUGAGCCCAAAGCCAUUGCAUACACUGAAAACAAUAUUGUAGUUCCACAGGUAAUUCUGAACAAUAUUACACAAUCAGUCUCCUUUAGUUAUUAAUGAGUGCUAUGUCGCAUAUUGGAUAAUGUUGUAUUUCGAGGACCCAAGUGCUAGGUAGAGAAUAGAACUUCCUGCACUACUACAUUUACUCCCAGGUUAGGUUUUACAAUUUAGAGUAACUAAACUUUUCCUGUGAAUUGAUGUAAUAUUCCUUCAGUUAAUAUCUCAGGAAGGUGCUCCACAUCAGAACUGCAGUUUAUUUUGACCAAGACCAUUCACUUAGGGCAAUUUUGUUAAAGCCAGAAUGGAAUAGAGCUUCAUUGUAGUAGUGCUCACAGAGAUGACUGGACAAUAUUUAUCCUUAAGAAAUUCCUUGAUGGCAAGCUUACUUUUGAAACUUUAAAUUAUAGGGUCAGUGUUUUUCUCCUUCACUAUCCUAAUAGUUGCUUGGUGAUAAUUGAAAAUAAAAAUAUCUUAAGUUGUUUCCCACCUUCCCAACUUUUUCUUUGAUUCCACAUUUCAUAUUCUGAGAAGAAUUUGAACAAAAUAAUUAUGCAGAUGGCAGACAUCCUCCAACUUCUUGAUCAAGUCUGACUUUAGGCACAAGGAUAUUUCCAUAUAGAUUUUUCUGCUUGUCCUCUGUAAUUUAACAUAGGCUGCAGCUUACACUACAGUGAAAGAGCAGGGCACGUGUGUAAUUGGGGCAGCAUGUUUAGUUCUCAUCCACGAGGCACUGGAGAAUCAUCAAGAGUAGGAACCCUGAUUGACUUUUUCUUGCUAAGCUGGGACAACAAAGCUAGGUGAACUAGUCUACUCUUUCCUGCUUGAUAUCAGCUGAAAUUUCACAUUAUUCAUACUUCACCCCAAUUUUUAAAACUGGAUAUCAGAAUUUAAACAUCCUCAAGAGCAUAGUCAUUAAAUGAUUGUUUUGAUGCAUGUAAUAAAGUUACUAGUUGUCUUAAGGACUUUUGCUCAAUUCCUCAAAAUAGGCUGUAUAUUCAAAAAGUUUCUCCAGAAUUAUCCUAAUCAAUGAAGAGAACCAAAGCCAAAAUUUGCAUCCCUUCAUUCUAGGUUUGUUUAAAGUAUUUCAGGCAUUUAUUCAUGCAACCCAGGUAAGUCAGCUUGUGUCACAAUCACACAAAAAAAGUAAAAUUUGCAUAAAUCACUUUGGCAAGCCUACACUAUUUGAAAGUAAUAACUUCAAAAAAUUAAUCAAAAUGAAGAGCGUCCUUUUGCUUCUAUUCAGGUUUUAGAUGCUAAAGGUAACCUUCACACAAAAUUCUGUGCAGCAAAAUAAAUCAACAUGUGGGUGAACUAAAAUAUACUUUACCCUUACAGUUCAAUGUCUGAA